UUAAUUUUUUGUGUUGAUGAACCAACGGAUUUAAAUAGUAAAUAUAGUCCAUUCAUAAGGAAUUAAACGCUGAACCGCGUGAAAAAUAUCUGUAUUGUGAAUUAUGAGCUGAAAAAAUACAUAUUUUUAUCUAGCGCAAAGAAAAUUUUUACCAAUACCUUUGUCUAAAGGAUUAUCGAACGCGCAGUGGCAGGAUCAGGUGAAACAUUCAGUGUCUUCUGGCAAGAAAAAAAGCUUUGUCUUCCACCUCUCCACAGCGAAGAAAAGGUCGCAGGUGAAUGAUGGAGGUUCAUCGGGGGAGCGGGGCUUUUAGGAGCUCAUUCGUGCUGCUUCUCUUCCUAUGGACUUUACUCACACACAGCGGUCACGCGUUCGAAGAACUCGAAUCCAACGUCCCCGAUCUCAUCGUCUACAACGAGGAAUAUUCACAAUUGGCUAAUUUAAAUGCAUCGAAGUCAGAGCUAGAUCCGAAUUUCUCGAAUCCAAUGAAUUGGCAGAAUGAUUUUCCCUUCAUGGAUUUGAACCAGCCUUCGCUGUACAAAAGUGACGAUUUGAUAGGCUGUAUUGAGCAGGUCAACGAGAAUCGAUCUUUUGAUGGAAAUUUCUCUUUGGAAUCUGACGUGAGCUCUAAUUAUCUCUUAAUAAACUCAUCACUCUCAACGAUUAACCUGGUGACUGAUUCAGUUGCAAGAAAACCAAAAGGCUUCAAAAGGAACAAACUCUGGCGAAACCUUAGAAAUAAUUACGUCCAGAACUCUUCUAAGAAUUCAGUGGUCAGAGUAAACAUGAAGAGCAAGAAGUUGUACAUGAACAAAAAUAAAACGAUUUCACCUACUGACUCCUAUGAAAAUUUAUCAAAGAAAAACAAUGUAUCAGACUCGAACACGGCCGAGGAUAUUUUUAUGGACCGAGAAAAGACUUUUCUCACUCGCCAUUUCUUGAAAGUGGCUCCUCAACGGGAGUCCCUCUUUACGACCCUGGCACCACUCACUUCGACAAUGAGAGUUCGAAGUCGCAUGAGCAGAGACAACCGGAAGACCAUCCAGGCCAUUGAACGAGAGAGAAAUCAUCAAGCACAAGAACUGAAUCGUGUGAGUGUUGACUAUACUGAAUCACACCAGCCGUUUAACCGGAAACCUGCCAACCUUCCUGGCACUAAUAAAAAUUAUGGCGCGAACGAUCAAAAUUCUUUAGGCCACAAAGUGUAUCAACCACAUUCAUCGCAAGCUUCGGAUCAGAUAAACGAAAUUAAACCUUCCCACUAUGGUGACAUAGAGAUUGCUAACGAAAACCAUCUUGUAAAGCCCACCAGUCAAGCAAUAUACCCUUCACUGCCGGUGAUUCAGCCCCUGCAGCAGCACGUAAAGCCGAAACUGAAAUCUGAAUCUCAGCUGCACUUUCCUGGAGGACGUGUCCAGCUAAGUGGCUCCAGCAGCAGUCCAGUAGAGCCGAUAAAACCUCUUCUGCAACUCGGAGGCCGUGGAGGCAGCGUGCUGCCUCAGCAUCCAGUCUUCGAUGACGCGGCGCCCAAGAACCUUACAGGACUCACUGGCAGUGCCGCGUAUCUUCACUGCGUUGUUCACAACUUGGCCAACCGAAGCGUAUCUUGGAUACGUCAAAGAGAUCUGCACAUUCUAACAGUCGACCGCUACACUUACACCACCGAUCAGCGAUUCCAGAUGUGUAUAAGAGACAGCCACGAUGAUCAGGUUGUGAACUACGACUCGCCUAGAGGUGGCGUCACUGUGGUCACUGAGAGAGGAAACGUAACUCGUGGCUAUCUCCUGAUACAGGAGGCGAAGGGCUCUGACAGCGGUAACUACUCAUGUGCUCCAUCGAACACAGCUCCAACUUCUCUCAGGGUUCACGUACUCAACGGCGAGAUGCCAGCAGCAAUGCAGACGAGCUCAGCUCACCCUAGAGCGGAUCACCGACCUCUUCUCUUCUUGCUGUGUCUGCUGCUGCUGCGUCAUCUCCUCACGGUCACUCACGGGUCGCAACUUCCAGCGAUGAUCGUGGCGAAACCUUCCACGAAAAACACCACUGAUUCAACAGGUAUCUCCGAUUCUGUUAACGAAACUAUUACGGUCGACAACGCCGGUAUCGUUGACACAACCGAUGUCGUCGACACCACAAAUAAAGUGGACAUUAGUGGUGCCGCUGAAACCGCCGGUAUCGUUAACACUACCGAUGUUGUUGACACCACAAAUAAAGUGGACAUUAGUGAUGCCGUUGAAACCGCCGAUGCCGUUGACACCAAAACCGCGGCCACCACAAAUACAGUGGACAUUAGUGAUGCCACCGAAACCGCCGGUAACGUUGACACAACCGAUGCCAUCGACACCAUAAAUACAGUGGACACUACCGAGGCCGUCGAAACCGCCGAUGCCGUUGACACCAAAACCACGGCCACCAUCAUUGCCGCAGUCGCUACCAACAUCAUCGUGCUGAGUGGCUGUGCUUGUCAAACAAAGAGAGCCGCGUUGCAAACAACACACGCUAGCUAUAAAAAGUUGCUUGACCAGAAUACGAACAAAAAUAUUGAGGAAUUUAUUUUUUGGGAAUCGCGUGAUCACUUUGAUGAAUCGAUACACCAAGAACAUUUGUCGAAUGUCCAGUGUAACCACCAAUUUCAAGGUUUUCAAUCUCAACUUGAUGAAUUUAACAUCGGAGUUUCUUUCACUCGAAACUUUAAUAUUGAUGCAAACCAAUAUUUAAACUCAAAUUCAAUGACACUGACUUCAGCAGAAUGUUUUCCAGCUGAAAAUUUUUAUACUGCUAAUGACAAGCCGGCCGUAUAUUGUUGAAUAGUGAGUAAUCUAUGUCGUAUAGAAUAAUGUAUAUAUCAAUUGUACGAAGAAAAAUUGUAUAAAUGGAUGUUCUGAAUAUUAUAUUGCUAUUCAUCACGAUAUUAAUGUUUUUGUACAUAAUUAGUUUCGUAUGAAAUUAUUAGUUGAGAUUCAAUUGAUUUGCGAUGACUGCGAUCAAUUAAUGCCCUGACAAAAUUUUUACUCUGAAUAUCGUCCAGCAUUGUUGUGCGAAGAUUUCUCCUUGAACAAGUGCACAUUUAUAUUUAUAUUUAAUGAGAGCCCUAUCCUUUGUAUUUAUUAAUACUUAUCCAUCACAUCAGUCCUUGCAUGUAAAACUUUGAAAUAUUCUUUAUUCGAUUACGCUUACAGAAAUUUAAUACCUUCAGAUAUUCGCUGAAAAAUAAUUUAGAAAUGUAAUAUUCCCAGCCAUAAUUAAAUGACUUACUAAUCGGGAUAUACAUUCAUGGCAGGAUGGAUAUUGUACAUUUUAAUUUAGAAUUAAUGUCUAAUGUUUUGUAAUGUUUAUGAAUGUUGAAGGUCCGUAUACUCCGAAUAAA